AUGUGUAGUAUAGAAGGUCAAAUUUUAAUUCUUGAAAUUCAUAAAUAUUCUACUUAUGUUCUUGAAGUUUUCGGGUUACUUUUUAAUUUUCUAGUUGUUUAUUUUCUAUUUACUGAUAAAAAAAGUAGUGUUACUUCUUACAAAACAGCUGUUAUCAUUCAUUGUGUAAUGGAUAUAGGUCUUGGAAUCAUGCAUAUUUUAGGAAUGUUUCAAAUAGAACUUGUUGGAACGACAACUUUUAUGACAUUAACAGGACCAAUUCAAUUUAUAAAUAAUUAUUUUAUACAUACAAUAUCAUUUAUAAUAACAAAUUUUUUCUUUUCAUGUAGUAUAUUUUGUGGAAUUUUAACAGUUAUCUACAGAUAUUUGGUUCUUGUCAAAAAAAGAACUCUUGAAAUGUUUCAUAUUAUAGCAAUGUUUAUACCUAUAGCUACUGUGGCUGGUAUUAUAGCAUCACAAUAUAUAUUAUAUUUUGCUCCAUUAACUGAUGAAGAAUAUAAAAAAUAUACGAAUCUUUUAGAUAAAAGAAUUUGGGCACGUGAUAAAUUUUAUGGAGAAAAUUUUGUUACAUUAGUAAGUCCUGCAAGUCAUAAAACAAGCCCAUUUCAUACUUAUUUUCCUAUAAUUUGUUAUGCUUUAACUGCUAUUGCUACUGUAAUAUUUAGUCUGUUAAUAGCAAUACAUUUGAAAAAAAAUAGAAGUAAUAUGUCAGAAUCAACAUUGAAAUUAGAAAGACAAAUACAAAUAACAUUAGUUGUUCAGGCGUUACUUCCUAUUUUUUUAGGAUUUCUUCCAAAUAUCUUACCUAUUUUAAUGGUUCUUUUUAAUGUUCCAUUUCAAUGUUAUAUAAUAUUUGUUGGUGUCUGCAUUACAUAUGUCCCAUUAGUCAAUCCAUGUGUAUUGUUAUUCAUGACACCACAAUUUAGAAGAAGAAUCUUAAAUUUUUUUAAAAAAAAAAAUAUACCUAUACAAAUAAAAACAAUAACAAAUAUUAUACAAUAG